AUCAACGAAUAUUGUCAAUAAUUUAAUAUUAUUUUUUCUGACUUUGUAUACUACUUUUAAUUGUUUAUAGUCUGCUUAUGUUUUUCAUAAUUUCAUGUUUUGAAAUUUACAUAUGAUGGUAGAAGAAGUAGUUAAUUCUACUAGUAAACCAAAGAAUAAAACUGCUAGACCACGUCCAGUUUAUUUGUGGAAUGUGCUAGACGUACAAAAAUGGUUGAGGAGGCAUUGUAGCGAUUAUUAUCAAUUAUAUCAUGAAAGGUUUUUAUAUCACGAUAUCACUGGAAGAGUUUUAUUAAGAAUAAAUGAAAAUAUAUUAAUGAGACUUGGAAUUGACAAUGAGCAACACAGAAUGGAUAUUUGGAGAGAAAUAAUGAAAUUGCAUCUUAAAACAGAUAUGUUAGAAAUUAAAGACAUUGAACGACGUAAUAGUAUGAAUUUUGAUUAGUACGAUAUAUAUAAUCAAAUUAAA